AGGACCCGAUUCCAUUCCGCGAAAUUCGGCUAUGAAAAAGGCAGCUGACAGUGUAACCAUAGCAAUAAUGGGCUGCUGAGCAUGCGUGAUAUCUGAAGUAUAGAGAUUCAGAAGUCAGCUUCGACACACCUUCGACACAUUCCUUAAUCUUGAUUUACAGAAGAGCUUCGAGGAUCUGUGAUUUUCAUUCCACCAUGAAAGAUCUCAUACAAAAAUAUCUUAAUUGCAUCCCAUUGCGCUCUGAAGAACUCUAUAACAGGUUCUUGCAUCAUAAAAUGAGUUACAUGAAGAUGAUGGAAAACGGCUUCCCCCUGCCCGACCCUGAAUCUCCAGGAAAAGUGCUACUCUUCAACAAUAAUGUCUUCACCAGGCAGAAUAAUCCUGAACAUCAAACAUGCAGAUGUGGUAAAAUUUUGUCCAUGCUCAAAGAUGAUUGGUAUCUGGAUGAUGAAGGGUGCCAUUACCACCUUGGAAAACAGAUGUUUGUGGGACCAGAGUAUGGCCUGUAUACUUGUUGCAAGACCAUUUCCCCAGGAUGUGCUUUCAACAAGCACCAUGUCAGCUUUUAUCAUCCCUUUGAAGACAUCAAGUUUGUCCACACAGAGGAUAAGAAAGAUAAAGCUGGACGGAAAGCAUCCAAUAUCUUUUCCAUCGAUUGUGAGAUGGCGUUUACUACCAAGGGUAUGGAGGCAGUCAAGACAAGCCUAGUGAGUAUCAAUGGUGAAGUUGUGUACGAUUCAUACGUCCAACCAAGCAAUCCGAUUUUGGAUUACAACACUGCAUUUAGUGGCGUGCGUGAAGAACACCUUCGUCAGGUCACCACCAAAUUGGAAGACGUACAAGCUCAGCUUCUUCGCUUGCUCAACAAAGAUUCUAUUCUUAUAGGUCAUGGUGUAGAAAAUGAUCUUUUGGCACUCAAUUUAGUUCAUGAGAAUGUCAUUGAUACCUCAUUUGUUUUCCCACACGAGAGAGGUCAUCCAUUGAAGAACUCUUUGAAAUACCUCGCAGAAAUUUACCUUCAUAAAAACAUCCAAGAUGGCUAUGUCGGACAUAACAGUAUCGAAGAUGCAAAAACGUGCAUGGAGUUAAUGCUGUGGAAAAUUUAUUCUGAGACUAGAGCUACAUUUGUUGCGCGUCCUAGAGCUCCCAAGGCUUUUCCUGUCAACACUUUUCAAAGUAAUAACUUUUACCCCAAGUAUAGCAUUCCAUAUGAUCCGUAUAAAGUAGCUUCGAUGUUUCCGCCAACCUUCGUCUGUUUUCAUGUGGCAGUGACCCCUCCAAUUACACCAUUUGCUGUUCUGUGCACUACAGGAAAUUAUUUUCAACCGAUGGGAGCCCAAUGGUGGCCAGGACACAUGUGAAAGCUUUACCAUAACAAAUACCUUUCAAGGUGCUAUUUUUUUUUAUUUUUUAUUUUUUUACGCUGUAUUAUCUUCAGUUUUUGGAUGGAUCUCAAUUUAUAGUUUAUUUAUAAUGAUUUUUAUGACAAUAUAGAAAGAU